UAAGUAGUAGUCAGUUUUCGUGACAAUGUUGCGGUGGUCAGUUCACGCGCUUGUGGUCCUGUAUACCGUUAUAUGGCCAAUGACGGUAUAUGGAACAGACCUGGACUCGUUGCUAAAAACGUAUGUGUACGGCGACAGACACCCCCUUGAUAGCCCCAUAUGGACCCUUAUUCAGAAGAUUGACAGACAAGAAAACAGGCUGCUAACUUUAGAGACAGUGGUGAUGAGACAUAUGACGGAGCUAGAAGAAAAAGACAGAAAAAUAGACCGUCUUGUACAAGAACUAACAGAAAUCAAAACCAGAAUGGGGCCUGUCGAAACAUCUUUGGACAAUACUUUACCAACAGAGGUAGAGUUUAACGAAAAAUAUAAACACAAACAUGUCAUCAAUGAGACUGAACAAGAUCAGGAUACGCAUGCAAAGAUCGGACCAGACUACACUGGACAUGACCAGCAUGUCCUUGCCCCGGCCACAGAAGACAAAACUCUGCCUUACCUAACCAGACCGGACCACACCAGAAUACAACAGCAGACAAGAAAGCAAUACAGAUCCUCACCGACCCAAGGAAGCCGCGAUAUCGACAAUCCGCUGGGCUUUGGAUACGUUGGUUUGAAAGUGAAACCGAAUACAGCAGUGUAUGAUAGACCAACUCCCAUGCAACAUGCCAAAGCUGCAUUACAGCGUAACGGUCGAGCGGGGUUAAGCAGUGUACCAACAGGAGGUAUUGCCUUCAGCCUUUCUUUAGAUAAAGACACUCAGGCCAUUAGGGAUCACACUAUCGAGUUUGAUAACUCCGACAUUGACAUUGGAAGUGGCUACGAACAUGCGGAUGGUAGAUACCGAGUUCCUGCUAGUGGAGUAUACGUAUUUACUUGGUCCAUUGUAAGUGCUGAAAACUCUGGAGGUAAUAUGAUAACAGAAUUACGUAUUGAUGGGCAGGUUAAGGGAUCUACAAAUGCGGACAGCGAUUUGCGGAACUGGGAAUCUGCAACAGGUCUCGUAGUAACAAGAGUAGAAAAAGACAACCAUGUUUACAUUCGUUCAAAGAGUACAGGAAUUAUAAAAAGUAAUGAGCUCGCAAGGUCUACAUUUUCUGGAUGGCGGUUAUUUUAGAUAUCAAAACAGAUGUAAUGACAUAGAAAGGUACUGUACCAUGAUGUCUAUAGCUAGUGUGAAUAAAAGUCUUUCUGUACAAUAUUUAUAUAGCAGUCCGUU